UCCUUCGGGCUGUAGAUGGAGCUGUCCGGCCCCGGCGAGGGGGAAGGCGUCCGCCGCACGUUCUCCUUCUCCGCCGGCGGCCCGAGCGGGGCCCAGCACUCCCAGGAUGCAGUUUGUGUCAACACGGCCGCAGCCCCAGCAGCUGGGCAUCCAGGGCCUGGGGCUGGACAGCGGGAGCUGGAGCUGGGCGCAGGCGCUGCCCCCCGACGAGGUGUGCCACCAGGAGCCGGGGCUGCGCACCGACAUGGCCGAGGGAAUGCCGCCCAUGCAGGCUCAAGAAUGGGACAUGGACACCCGGCGACCGAUGCCUUUCCAGUUCCCGCCCUUCCCUGAGCGGGGCCCCGUCUUUCCCGACCGCAUGAUGCGGGAGCCCCAGCUGCCCACGGCCGAGAUCUCCCUGUGGACGGUGGUGGCCGCCAUCCAGGCCGUGGAGCGGAAGGUGGAUGCCCAGGCCAGCCAGCUGCUCAACCUGGAGGGCCGCACUGGCACGGCGGAGAAGAAGCUGGCCGACUGCGAGAAGACGGCCGUGGAGUUUGGGAACCACAUGGAGAGCAAGUGGGCCGUGCUGGGCACCCUGCUGCAGGAGUACGGGCUGCUGCAGCGGCGCCUGGAGAACAUGGAGAACCUGCUCCGCAACAGGAACUUCUGGGUCCUGCGGCUGCCCCCCGGCAGCAAGGGCGAGGUCCCCAAGGUCCCGGUGACGUUCGUGGACAUCGCGGUGUACUUCUCGGAAGACGAGUGGAAGAACCUGGAUGAGUGGCAGAAGGAGCUGUACAACAACCUGGUGAAAGAGAACUACAAGACGCUAGUGUCGCUGGACACCGAAGCUCCAGUGCCCAAGUCAGACGCCCUGACGCAGGUGGAGCCCCGCGAGGAGCCCUGUGCGUGGGAGCCCCGCGAGCCCGAGGAGAGGGAGAUCCUGAUGGACCCCGACACGGGCGCAGAACCCCUGGUACCCUCCCAGGACGUGGCCUCGCAGGUGAAGCGAGAGGAGGCGCUGUGUGUGCGCACUCAGCGGGGCCUGGACGACAGGGUCAUCCCCACUGAGUCCAUCUCAGACUCGCCCGCUUCUGCCCAGGACCUGCUAUCCCGGAUCAAACAGGAGGAAGCCCCGUGCGUGUGGGACCAGCAGGACUUGGCGGAGAGGGACAUUCCCACGGACCCCAAUUCAGAAUCUCUCAUCUCUGCACAUGACAUCCUGUCCUGGAUCAAGCAGGAGGAGCAGCCGUAUCCGUGGGGCCCCAGAGACACCAUGGACAGCGAGCUCGGGCUGGACUCCGGCCCCGGUGACAGCCUGCUGCUGGUGAAGACCCCGGCCCCCCCGCCGCCGCCGCCCCCCGCGCCCAGCCUGCCCCCCGCGCCGGCCCCCGAGAGCGCGGCGCCCCCCAGCCGGAGCGCGCAGCCGGGUGACGGGGGCGCGGGGAGAGGCGGGCGGGGGCGCGGCGGCGGCGGCGGCGGCGGGGGCGGCGGCGGCGGCGGGGCGUGCGGCAGCUGCGGGCCGGGCGGCCAGCGGCGGGGGCUCCUGCUGCACGGGGCGCGCAGCAAGCCGCACAUGUGCCCGGAGUGCGGCAAGGUGUUCGGGGUGCGCAAGAGCCUCAUCAUCCACCACCGCAGCCACACCAAGGAGCGGCCGUACGAGUGCGCCGAGUGCCACAAGAGCUUCAACUGCCACUCGGGGCUGAUCCGCCACCAGAUGACGCACCGCGGCGAGCGGCCCUACAAGUGCUCGGAGUGCGACAAGACGUACAGCCGCAAGGAGCACCUGCAGAACCACCAGCGGCUGCACACGGGCGAGCGGCCCUUCCAGUGCGCGCUGUGCGGCAAGAGCUUCAUCCGCAAGCAGAACCUGCUCAAGCACCAGCGCAUCCACACGGGCGAGCGGCCCUACACGUGCGGCGAGUGCGGCAAGAGCUUCCGCUACAAGGAGUCGCUCAAGGACCACCUGCGCGUGCACGGCGGGGCCGCGGGGGCCGCGGGGGGCGCGGGGGGCGGCCCGCUCGCCACCCCCAGGCCCCUGCACGCGCCGCCGCCGCCACCGCCACCGCCACCGCCGCCGCCCGACCGGGACUAGGCCCGGGCACCCCGGAGCGGGGGGCUGGGGGCGAGGGGGCGGGCCCGGGACACACCCACGCACACACACCCCCGCCCCGUCCACCGCCCCCGGGGUGCACCGGGCGGGGCCCCAUGGAGACGCCUCUCGGGCGCCUUCGCGUGCGCUCUCCACACCCCCCCCCCCCCCCCGAACAGGGACUAGGAAGGACACUCCGGGGCGGGGGCUAGGGAUCCCUCCCCCAUUUCUCCCACCCCCGGAGUGACCGGGGAAGGGGGCACCUCCUCUCAGCACGCCCCUGCGCGGAAUGGGGAUCAGGAAGUGCGCCCCGGAUGGGGGCGGGGAGGUGCCAGCACCCCAAGGAAAGCCGGGGGGUGGGGCCUUAGAUCCAUCCGAAGCCGGAGUAGGGGUCCCGUGGGCCUGUCUGCUUGAAGGCGACAGCUCAGCUUUCCGCACGGCACAGUAGGUGGCACAGGUGACAGCCAAGCCACCAGACCACCCUCCCCUGGGACAUCUUCCGCGCAGACACAGAUGGUGGUGAUGGGGGGGCUCUCUACCGGGCUCCCAGGUCAGGGCUGCCGUGGAAGGAAGCGCAGGGGCGACAGGGGACACCCUUGGUGACAACACUGCCUCGCGUUUGGCUAGCGCUUUCUACUUUUUUUUUUUUUUUAACGUGAUUUCUAUCCGUUAUCUCUGGUCCCUUAACCCAGCCCUGGGAUGGGGGGGGAGGGGGACCCGAGGGAGGGAGCUGGCCCUGGAGGACACAGGGGACGGGUCUGUCCCAAAGCCACAAAGAAGAGGGACAGAGCAGGGUGUCCAGUGUCCCCGCCACCAUACUGCCUACCUCCGUCCAUGGACUGCCCGCACAGGCCUCCUCUGUCCUUCCCGGCCGCCAGAAACACUCAGAAACAACCGGGGCAGGUAGGGUGGAGGGGCAGCUGUCCGGGUUCCCGGGAGAGCAGAUUGGAGACACCCCUGCCGGGAGGGGCCAACCUGUUGCUUCUACCUCCUGCCCCUCGAGCUGGUGCAGCAGCCUUUACCACCGAUCCCCCCCCCCCCGGGGGGGGAGGAGGAAAGGGAGCACCCAGGGGUGCGGUGCGGCUGCAGGAAGCCAGUGGGUGCUAGAGUCGGAGAGCUCCUUGAGCCUCCCAACUGGUGCUAUGCGCUCUCUUGGACUCUGCAGGUUCCCCGGGAGUCCCCGCGUGCCCAUGGUGUCCCGCAUGGCAUGGCCUGGGGCGGGGUGGCAUCCCCCCUCCCCGGCCCCUGUUUGUGUCGAAAAUGAAGAUUCCUGCAGCCCCUCUCCUCCUCUGAGACGCCCCCCCACCCUCAAGUCCUGCUUUGCCUUCCCCUCGUUGGCGCCUCUCGGUUCUCCAAAGACCCCUUUUUGUCGUGCGGAGGGAAGUCUUGAAACGAAAUAAAAGGUGUCCAGACUGCA